UUCAUUUCAAUUGGUUUGUCCGGCAAAGACGGGAAGCAAGGGGGCUUGAUCCGAUGACUUGAUAUGCAUGUAUCACCGAUUAGACAUUCAAAAGAUCCAUUGUCCGUUCUCUCGACCGUAACCAAGUCACCACAACAGGAAUGUCAAAUAACAGUAUAUUACCUCAGCUUCCUAGUAAAAUCCAGCAUUUCUGCUUCCGCUCACCCUGUAAUCGUCAAACUUCAUUUCAGAAAUCGUCCAACAUGGCAACCCAAGCAGAAAAGUCGCAGCUGAGGAUUGUCCCAGCAGACAUAAAACAGCAACACAAGGAAGCAUACGACAUUAUCGCCGAAAAGUACAAUGCCUGGACAACACAAUACGAUCACAGGCGACUCUCGAACCUUGCCGAGCUCUACGUCAAGGUUCCUGAGCUUGCAACUAGCGAGGGUUCAGUCAGAGUUCUAGAACUCGGCUGCGGAAGCGGAUUUCCAGUCAUGGACAAACUCCUUGCAGACAACCCAAAUCUCACCGCCAUAGCGAAUGACAUGUCGUCAAAGCAAUUAGAUCUCUCUCAACAAAACCUCGCGCCCUACGCUCCACGCGUGGAAUUCGCACCAGGGGACAUGGCCAACCUCACAUUCCCGCCAGAUUCCUUGGACGCGGUCAUUGCACUGUACAGCCUUUUGCAUCUGCCGUUGGACGAACAGGCUACGAUGAUUGCCAAAAUACAAAAAUGGCUUCGCCCUGGAGGUUGCUUGCUAGCGAAUUUUCCCAAGGACGACGUCGCUUGGAAGGUAUGGGACCUGUGGCUGGAUGAAGGAAUCGCGAUAUGGCACACGGGCUUGGGAGUGGAGGGAACGGUGAAGAUGGUGACGGAGAAGGGGUUGGAAGUUGAGAAGGCUGAGGUGGAGGGUGAUGGGACACAGAUAUUCCUGUGGGUUAUUGCAAGAAAGAAGUAGCUUAAGUAAGAGAUUCUAUUCUAUUUUAAACCAAGAAACAAAGGC